AUAUCGUAACGCUGUCAUUCAGUGUUCAUAUCUAGUUAUAUUAAAAGUCACAACAAUUGUAAAAGAAAUAUUUAAUAAUUAAAUAGCAAUAAGCAACAAUGAAUCGCUUUGCAUAUGAAGAGGCCCGCUUAACCGAAAGCGAGUCGUUCGUAAGCCGCGAUCGCAAUGUCAAAAUCUACGAUGGAGACCAAAAGACGGAAUUUGAAGAUGGAGAAGUGGUGCUUACAACUCAUAGAUUAUUUUGGGGCCGUCCUGGGGAAAUCGCACGAGCAGCCGUCACUCUUUGUUUGCCACUUAGCUAUGUUAUCUCUCUCAGUGAGGAAACAACAGCUUCGAAUUUUUUUGGGCGAAAAACUCGGAUAAUAAUGCACUUGCGUCCGCCCAAUAUAAAUAAAGCUCCAGGCCCACUUGACACAAGUCGAGCUACACACAUAAAGCUCUCCGGUAAAAACGGACUAAGUGUGGAAUUUCACAGCGCGCUGCGAGAAACUUUAAAUGCGCGUGUCUGGGAAAUCGCCUUGACGAGUGAGACCAUUGUGAAAGGAGUAGAGUCGAUGUCAAGUGUAGGUGAUAAGUUAGCUAGGAUUCAGAAACGUACGGGAAUAGGUGGAAUAGAACGGCAUCUAGAAGCGAAAGCCAAGGAAACGGACGAGAAUAUAGCACUUGCUUUCCAAGAUCUAAGUGUUCUUAUGGCAAUGGCAAAGGAUAUGGUAGGCUUAUCCAAAAAUAUAAGCGGCAAAAUACGUGAGCAAAGAGGUGAAAUAUCCGAAGAUGAAACAGUUCGCUUCAAAUCUUAUCUGCUCAGCUUGGGCAUAGAUGAUCCGGUGACACGCGACAAUUUUAGCAGCAAUACGGCUUAUUUCAAUAGUUUGGCUCAGCAAGUAUGCCAAAUGCUACUCGAUCCAAUUGAAGAACAUGGAGGCAUGAUGUCCCUGGCUGAUGUAUAUUGUCGUGUGAAUCGCGCUCGUGGUCUGGAACUUCUUUCACCUGAAGAUUUGUUGCAUGCAUGCGAACGCCUUAGUGGGCCCAUUAAAUUACGUCGAUUCCCCAGUGGAGCUAUGGUUCUACAGCUCGAAUCUCAUGAUGAUGAGGUAAUUUCGAUUGACACGCUGCAGAAAGUGCGAGAUGCGGAAUCUUUGGCAGUGGAGGAACUGGCUAAACAGCUUCGUAUAUCGCUUUUGUUAGCUAAGGAGCGGCUACUGGUGGCUGAGAGAAUGGGAAAAGUUUGUCGAGAUGAAUCCGUGGAGGGACUACGCUUUUAUCCCAAUCUAUUGCUUUCUUGUGAUAAUGACUAACUAUAUGUAAUAUAUAAAAAUAAAAAAUUAGUAAAUGGAAUGUAUCCCAUUCAAAUGUUACAAGAGUAUUAUGUAAAAUUCUAAAAUUGAGAUAAACACAGAAAAUUUGUACAUUC